AGGUCCCCCACCAUCGUGCACACAUACACACCGCCGCGUAUACUCGAUGUGUCUCCAUUCGCGAAUCGUCCAGAUUGACAUUCAGACCUGUCCUAGAUAUGACAGUCGCCGCGAACCGGCCAAGCUCUCGAGGACCCACUGCGACUUCACUCUAGGUACACCAGUUAGCGCAUACCUGGUGUACGUCUGCGGCUCUCGGUUCAGUGCGCGCGUGUGUUGUUGCAUAUUUUUUUCUUCACCGUUACACCGUACACAUCGGAGGAUUCAGCACAGACGACACGAGUACACUUCUCGGCCCUUACAGCGGAGGGAUUAAUUAACAACAGCAAAGAAGCAUCGGCCCAAGAGAAGGAUGCGUUUCGGUCUAGGCUCAGCAACAACAACAGCAGCAGCUUCGGCAGUGGAGACCGCGAGUCAGAUAAGCGACGACGGGGGUGGCGGUAUCUGCCCAUCCUGUCGACUCGCCGUCAACAAGGACACCGGCAGGCUCAAAUGGUGCAUGGGCGGCAAUGACAUUUGGCGCACGCGAAUAAGGUUCAUGCUGCUGAUCCCGGCCGUCAUUCUGCCCGUGACGAUCAUCAUCAUCGCCCUCUCCAAGUCCACUGUCGUCGGUAAAUUGUCGAUGCGCCAGCAGUACCCGACCACUUCUGCACCCGACGAUCAACAGCCAAACGCCCAGAGACUCGACGAUCAACGGGAUCAAUCCUUUACGACCAUUCAAAGCGAUAUCGAAGCCUCUGAAGGAUCCGUCAGGUUUUUACAUCCAGACGUGGAAACGAGCUUCCUGCCCGCCGAAUCUUUGAUCCCGCCUCAAACGCUCCGCCGACAUAAAAGAGAUAUGAGCCAGGUGCAGAGAACAUCAGCGCCGGGGACGACGAUCAACGAAGCGGCUAAAAGGCAGAGCAGCGACGACGGCAAGCCGCAUUCAGCCGCAGCCUUUAAAAGCGAGCUGCUUCAGGAACUGUCGGCCUUGGCCGAAGGUAGAUGCGAGGACUGCGACGAUACUGAGGACGCCUCGUCCUCCUCCUCCUCCUCGUCUUUCGAAGAAGACGACGAAGAAGUGGAUCCCGAGGACGACGACGACGACGAUGACGAGGACGCCGACGUAGAGGAUGAUGAGACAUCAGAGGAGGAGGACGAUCACAACGAGGCUUUGCGUCAGUCGCCCUUUGACGAGGCUCUUCGCGAGCACGACGACGAGUCACUGUCCUACAGCAAGGAAGACGACGAGUCGAACUUUCGGGCCUUUUGGAAAGGCAACUGGAACGAAGAGUUCAUUCGCAAAGCCCAAGCCAAAAUGAUGCUGAAGUACAUGGACAGAACGGCCGAGCCCUGCCAGGACUUUUAUCAAUACGCCUGCGGCAACUGGGGCAAGUACAAUCCCAUACCAGACGACAAGACGGGCUUCGAUACGUUCGAAACGCUCCGGGAGUCUCUGGCCUUUGUGUUGAAGCAGCUGCUCGAGGAGCCCGAGCCCGACGACAGCAACGAGGCCAUCGUCAAGGCGAAGAAUCUGUUCCGCAGCUGCAUGAACUACGAGAUCUUGGAGCGUCGAUCGGAGCGUCCCUUACUCGAGCUUCUUGACUCGCUGGGCGGGUGGCCGAUUCUUCGUCGGGACUGGAACGCCGAUCGCUUCGACUGGAUCCGCCUCAUGGCUCGGCUCAGGCUCUACAACAACGACAUCCUCAUCGCCGAGUGGGUUGGUCCCGAUAUCAAGAACAGCGAGGAGUACGUCAUACAGUUCGAUCAAACGACGCUUGGACUACCGACGAAGGAUUACUUUCUCCAGCCGGCGAACGCGAUUUAUUUGAUGGCCUACAAGAACUACCUGAUAACCAUAGCUUCUCUGCUCGGCGCGUCUGUAAAAAGCGCGAGUAUCCAAGCCGAAGAGCUUAUCCAGUUCGAAAUACGACUGGCCAACAUCACGAUAUCUUCCAACGAGAGGCACAACAUCUCGGAUUUGUACAAGCGGAUGACGUUGCGAGAGCUGCGCCAGAUGAUACCCCUGAUCGAUUGGCAUCGAUAUCUGAGCAUAGUACUCGCGCGUCGAGUCGAUCUUUCCGAGCCGGUGGUCGUCUUUGCCACCAAGUACUUCCAAGACCUUGUGCAGCUUCUGUCUCACACUUCGCCCAGAACAGUGGCAAACUAUCUGCUCUGGCGUUUCGUCCGGCAUCGAGUGAACAACCUGGACGACCGGUUUCAGGAAGCCAAGCAAACGUUCUACUACAUCCUCUUCGGCAGGGAGAAGUCACCUCCGAGAUGGAAGAACUGCGUGGUGCAGGUGAACGCGAACAUGGGAAUGGCUGUUGGCUCGAUUUUCGUGAGGAAGUACUUCGACGAGAAGAGUAAAAACGACACGCUGUACAUGACGCACGAAAUUCAGCGAGCGUUUCGUGAACUGCUGAACCAGUCCAGUUGGCUGGACCCGCAGACCAAGCUCGUCGCCAGCGAGAAGGUCGAGGCCAUGCAGUUACGCAUCGGCUACCCCGAUUUCAUCCUACGUGGUCGCGAGCUCGACGAGCGUUACAGAGACGUGGUGAUCGACCCGAACAAGUAUUUCGAGAAUACCCUCAACAUUCUCCGACACUUGACCAUGAUCGAGCAGGAUAGGCUCGGCCAACCGGUCAACAAGACCUUGUGGACAGCUGCUCCGGCUAUCGUCAACGCCUACUACAAUCGCAACAAAAAUCAAAUAAUGUUUCCUGCUGGCAUACUGCAGCCGCCGUUCUACCACCGCUACUUUCCCCGCAGUCUCAAUUACGGGGGUAUCGGUGUGGUCAUCGGUCAUGAGAUCACCCACGGCUUCGAUAACAAGGGCAGGCUCUUCGACAAGGACGGCAACCUGCACCGCUGGUGGAGCGGAAACGCUAUCCAGGAAUUUGAUAGAAGGGCAUCGUGUCUCGUCGACCAAUACGGCAGGUUCACUGUCAAGGAAGUCGAGAUGUCGGUAGACGGGGUAAAUACACAGGGUGAGAACAUCGCUGACAACGGUGGCAUAAAGCAAGCCUUUAGGGCUUACGAGAAAUGGCUAUCGCAAAACGAGGGCACCAAAGAGUCUCUGCCAGGCAUGGAGGCGAAUGGCCGACAGCUGUUCUUCCUGAACUUCGCGCAAGUCUGGUGCGGAGCGAUGCGACCCGAAGCCAUGAAGAACAGCCUCAAGACGGCCAUUCACUCGCCGGGCAGGUACCGAGUCAUCGGUACUCUUUCCAACUUCGAAGAGUUUGCCAAGGUCUUCAACUGCCCACUUGGUAGUCCUAUGAACCCCGAGAAGAAGUGCCUCGUAUGGUGAUUAACGACUCUCUGUUAAUCUACAAGCCGAUAGUGAAUUUCCGCGUCAGUUGUUUCUCAAUCAAAUGAGAAACAAAAGUGUUUUUCACGAGACGCGCAAAUAACGACGCACCACAGUUACAAACUUUUCUCAUUUAUUAUCCUUAUUGCUAAAGCUUAAUCGAACAUUAAUUGAAAAAGCAAGACACGAGCACCGAAUUAGGCAGUCUUUUCCUUGAGGCCUAUUAAACGUCGCGCCUUGGACAUAAAGGAAUUCAGAUAGCCCUGCUUCUCGAUGCGCUUGAGCACGAGCCUCUUCGUGGAGAUAUUGUGGAGCGGUCCAAAGGCCAGAGCGACAGCGGUACAGGCCAAGCAGAUCACGUUGUACGGCAUGCUAAAGUCCGGCGUCGGCAGACUUAUCAGCAGUGUCUCCGUGCGUAACUGCACCAAGUAGCCCUCUCGCGUCGCGUUGAAUCUAAGAUAGAACGAUUCUUUAUCAUUAAUUGCAUUUUCUUCGCCGUAAAUAGUUAUGUGUAUCAGUUAAGAAUGUUAAGAAACUUGAAUGAUGAAAUAAAAUCAUUUUAUAAGUAAAA